AGCAAAGGGCACAAACCCAAAGUCAUUUCCUACAGAGUGAAAACAGAGCGACUUACAUUUCAUAACAGAACAAAAACAGAGCAGGGGCGACCUGACCAUUAGGAACACAUUUCAAUGGCAAGAAGAUUGAACAUGGCAUUUCUUGCAUUAAUUUCUAUAGCUGCUUUAAUUCAUAGCUCCGCUGCACAAACAACUCAUGUGGUGGGUGGUUCUCUAGGGUGGGUAAUUCCUCCUGGUGGAGCUUCAGCUUACUCUUCCUGGGCUGCGAACCAAACCUUCGCUGUUGGUGACAUUCUUGUGUUCAAUUUCUUGAACAACCAACAUGAUGUUGUUAAAGUAACAAAGGCGGAUUAUGAUGCUUGCUCAACCAGUAAUCCUAUUUCGUCGGUAUCAACCAGUCCUGCAAGAAUCACCAUCAAUGAAACAGGAGGGCAUUAUUUCUUCUGUAAUUUUAACGGUCAUUGCAGUGCUGGUCAAAAGUUGAUGAUCAAUGUUAGUGCUGCAACUACUACUGCUCCAACUCCUCAACCUUCUUCUUCUCCGGCACCUCAGCCUAGCUCUACCUCUACACCAGUUUCUGCCCCAUCACCAUCACCAGUUUCUAGACAAACAUCAUCACCAUCACCAUCACCAUCACCAGUUUCUACACAAACCUCAUCACCAUCACCAUCACCAUCACCAGUUUCUACGCCACCAUCACCGUCACCAGUUUCUAACCCAUCACCGGCACCGUCCUCGGUUGAGACUUUCACGGUUGGAGACACCCAAGGCUGGGCUGUGGUUGCUAACGCUGCUACAUUUUACCAAAGCUGGGCUUCUAAUAAGACAUUCAACGCCGGAGACGUUUUAGUGUUUAACUACCCAAAUGGAGCUCACGAUGUAGCAGAGGUUACAAAGGAAAAUUAUGAUUCAUGCAAUACUGCAAAUCCAAUCUCUCUUUCCAGCACUCCGCCAACAAGAAUCACCCUCACCGCCGGAGAACAUUUCUAUAUCUGUACCGUUCCCAGCCACUGCACAGCUGGACAAAAGCUAGCAGUUAAUGUUAGUGCUAGCAGCACUGCCCCUCCUUCACCUGGCACCUCCACCACUUCUCCUUCUCCAUCAGGUUCUACUGCCCCUCCUCCACCGAACAGUUCUGCUAGAUCCCUCAGCGUUGCCGGUCUCUCUGCUACCUUCUUCUCUAUCAUUGUAGCAUUUUUGUAUUAGUUUUGAUGGAGAAUUUUGAUUAAUUCUUGUAUUAGUGUGAGAGUAAUUCAUUUUUAUGUGGUUAUAUUUUUCAUACACGGAAGAUUGAGUUCUUAUUUUUUCAUUUAAUAAAGCUGUUUUUCACAUUUCAGCUUA